AUGGCGAGUAAGGUGAAGUGUGUGCUUGAGAGAAACUGCUUUACGGUGAUCGUUUUUAAUAUUCCUGAUCUUCUUCAUCAUCAAGGACUUUGGUUAUUAUUUGAUGUUUACGGCGAGGUGGUAGAUUCUUUCAUACCUAACAAAAGAAGUAAGGGAGGAAGUAGGUUCGGUUUUGUUCGUUUUUUCAGAUUGGAGGAUGCGAGGAAGGCUAUAAAAUGUGCUGAUAGAACUAGGAUUCAAGGUAUUGAAGUUCGAGUUUUUAUGGCGAGAUUUAAACCUCGUGAUUCUUACUGGAGAAAGAAGAUCUCGGGGCCAAACCUAGCUGUGGUCAAGAGUAGAGUGGAGGAAGAUUGUCGUUCGAGGUUUCCAUUGGUGGUGUUGUUGAUGAGGAUAAGCUUCUAA